GAAAAAAAGUAAAAAAAGUUUAUAUUAAUUAUUUGAAGUUAUAAUAUACUAUACAAUAUACAAUUAUAUAUCAUCAAUAAUGUCUACUAACGAAGUUUUUGGUGUUGCCCGUAUCUUUGCUUCAUUUAACGAUACUUUCGUUCAUGUCACUGAUUUAUCAGGUAAAGAAACUAUUGCCAGAGUCACUGGUGGUAUGAAAGUUAAAGCUGAUAGAGAUGAAUCAUCUCCAUACGCUGCUAUGUUAGCUGCCCAAGAUGUUGCUCAAAAAUGUAAAGAAGUUGGUAUUACCGCUGUCCACAUUAAAUUAAGAGCUACUGGUGGUACUAAAACUAAAACCCCAGGUCCAGGUGGUCAAUCUGCUUUAAGAGCUUUAGCCAGAUCUGGUUUAAGAAUUGGUAGAAUUGAAGAUGUUACUCCAGUUCCAUCUGAUUCCACCAGAAGAAAGGGUGGUAGAAGAGGUAGAAGAUUAUAAGAAUGCUAUUUGGAUAUUUAUUAUUAUCAAUAUAUUAUUGUCAUCAUCAUUCAUAAUUCAUAUAUAUAACAAGCACAAAAUCCAUCAUCAUUCUUGUAUAAUUCAUACCAAGUCUUUUCCACAUUAUAUCACAACUGAAAUUUCUGAUUUCAAACAACCUUCCCAACAACAACAACAACUUCUUUCAUAUUUUAUGUAUUCUUUUUAUAUAUGUUUGCCUAUAUGUAAAGGGGGGAAAUGUACAUUUAUAAAGUAAUUUAACCAUUAUUUAU